GCAAGGACGUGGGUUUCCGAGCGUGCGCAGUAGGGGCGUCGGGGACGACCCUGCGGCUGAAGUAGGAAGGGGCGACGCUGAGAUGGGGGCCGCUGCGGCCGAAGCGGAUCGCACCCUUUUUGUGGGCAACCUGGAAACGAAGGUGACAGAGGAGCUGCUUUUCGAGCUUUUCCACCAGGCUGGGCCAGUAAUAAAAGUGAAAAUUCCAAAAGAUAAGGAUGGUAAACCAAAGCAGUUUGCAUUUGUGAAUUUCAAACAUGAAGUAUCUGUUCCUUAUGCGAUGAAUCUACUUAAUGGAAUCAAACUUUUUGGAAGGCCUAUCAAAAUUCAGUUUAGAUCGGGAAGUAGCCAUGCAUCACAGGAUGUCAGUAUGUCUUAUUCCCAACAUCAUGUUGGAAAUUCAAGCCCUACCUCCACAUCUCCCAGCAGAUAUGAAAGAAUUGUGGAUAACAUGACUCCAUCAACACAGAUAAUUCAGAGAUCUUUCUCAUCUCCAGAAAAUUUUCAGAGACAAGCAGUGAUGAACAGUGUUUUGAGGCAGAUGUCAUAUGGUGGAAAAUUUGGUUCUCCACUUCUGGAUCCAUCAGGAUUUUCCCCAUCAGUUCAGUCACAUAAUCAUACUUUUAACCAGUCCUCAAGCUCCCAGUGGCGCCAAGAUACACCAUCAUCCCAGCAUAAAGUCAGACAGAAUUCUCAUCCCUAUGUAGGGGAUAGACAUCAUGGCCGUGAACGGUACGCUGAUCAUGGGUCUGACCAUCAUUACAGAGGAAGCAGAGAUGAUUUCUUCUAUGAAGAUAGGAAUCAUGAUGGCUGGAGCCAUGAUGAUAAUAGAAGAGACAGUAGUAGAGAUGGAAAAUGGCGUUCCUCUCGCCACUAACAUCUGUGGAAAGGACAUUUGUAUAGGGUCAUUCUAGCCCCUGUUGGCUAAGUUGGUUUGGAAAUGUUUUGAAAAACUGUACAGAGCAAUUUUUCAAGUUUGCCACAUUUCUUUAUUAAGAAAAACCUUACAGCUUAGUAUAAUACAGAAAUGAGAAGAAUUGUGGUUACACUUUUACUACAUUAAUAACCUUUCACCUCAGGGCUGUAUGAAGUGGAAAGGGUUUUAUGCAAAGGAAAUUUUGCUAAACAUUUUAAACAAUUGAGGAAGGGAUAUAUUGUAUGAGUUGGUUGUAUUAUAAAGCAAAUAUUUUAAUUGUUAUCUUUUUGUAUUGCAAGAAAGUUCUUGGUCAGAUUUUGGUGUACAUAAUAGAGAACAUUCAAAUUGUUAGUCUUAACGGACUAUCAGUAUUUUGUUAAUAAGUGAGCAAAUGUAUUUUCAGUGAUUCAUUUGGUGACAUUUUAUUUAUGAAAACUUGUCAGUAAAAUCUGGGUAUAAAUAAUAUAUAUUGUUUAACUUAGAAAAUUAAUUGUAAGUUCUGUGACAUACUCUUUUUGAGUUUUACCCUAAUUGAAGAUACAAAUGUAAGUCUACACAUGCCAUUUCAUGAUAAAAUUUUAAAAUUUGUUCAUUAAAUCAUGUUUGAUGUAAGAAUGAAGUCACUCAGGAAGUUAAAUAUCUCUAAAUCUAUUUUUUUACAUUAAAAACACAGUGUAACGUCCCCCUUUUCAGGAAGAACAAAAAUUCAUAGAUAAAAUAGUAAAAUGUUUUACUGAAAGUAUACCUUUUUUGGGAAAAAGGUUUCUUCAUAUAGGUAAAAAGGUUCUUGAAGACCGUUGAGUGCUGCCUCUGUUGUUCAAACUUUAAAAGUUUUAACAUUUUCUAAGCUUAGAACAUGUAUAUAAGGACACAUUUUACUAUGGCGAUUGUACAGGUUGCUUUUUUGUUUAAACCUUUGAAAGAAUUAAAACUUUUUCUGAUUCACUUUUAUCUAUCAAGAUACUGUUUCCCUUUCAUUAUAAAAGUUGUGUGUGAAAGUUCACUCCUUGAAAAACUGGAAUUCUUUUUAACAUUAAUCACAACAUUUGUACUAUGUUGCUUUCUAAUAUACUGAAAACUUAGAGGUGGGGAGAGGUGACUUAUUUUUUUUGACAUCACUAAUGAAAUAUUGAACACAAUUAACUACAUACUUUUUAUAGUAUGUUAAUAUUUAGAGCAUCCUAAAAUGUAACUUUUGUACAUAUAUAUUUGAGAAUCAAAAUUUGAGUGAUGGAUUAUAGUUCUCUAGGUAGAUGGAGUUAUCUGCUCAACAUAGAAUUAAGUUAAAUUUGUUUGCUUAAGCAGUUUAAUAAUGGAAGGAUUUGUUUCCAGGCAACUUACUUAUGUGAGAACUUUCUUCUGGUAGCAUUUGUAGAUAGCACAGAGAUUAAUACCCCUGUAGUGCAGCUUAUCUGUGAGUGAUCCGUUCAUAUUAAUUCACAAGUGAUCCUGGUUCAGAUUAGUUUUCUUUUUAAGUGGCUUUCCGGUAAUCAAACUUUUGUUACAUACUGUAUACUACCUGACAUUGACUUUCUCUUAGAGGGUGACAACAGCAGCAUUAAAUUGCUCACAAGUACUACAUUAAAGAAAGUGGUUUUUGUUUAACCUAGUAUGUUACAAACUUGACCUUUAUUUUUUUCUUUUAUACAUAGCUCAGAACUUGGGACUAUUUGGCUCUAUCCUCCCUUAUACUAACUGCCCGCAUCUUAGAACCGGUGAUCAACUAGUCGGGAUCAGUACAAUAGCAUCCUGACAUUUCAGUGCCAGUUUAUUCCCAUAAUACCCUAUAUUUCUCUUGUCAUUAACAUCUGUGCUGUAUCACUUAUUUCUUAAGAACUUCAUGAAGACAGGGACCAUAUCUUAUUUACAAUUUGAAUUCCUGGUACCCAGUGCCUGGUAUAUAAAUACUUGGUAAUUUUUGAUGAAUGAACAAAGGAAUAUUUGUCAAAAAUUUCAAUGAAGGAGACUUCAUAUAAAAUUUAAAGUAGGUUUCCUAACCCUCAACCAUCUUACCAUCCAAUUAA